AGGCAAGUGCACUUCAAGUUUGACAACCGACGAAAGCGGUAGGAGGCUGAAUUGUUUUUUUUUUCCGAAAAUAAAAAAAUAUUCCAUACAAGGGACUAGCACACACAGCAAAGUGGCGAUAAAAGUUUGCAAAAAUGCUGAUAAAAUUUGCCACUGCAUUAAUCGUAAUUGUUAGCGUUGGAGCCCAAAGCCGUCAAUAUGCCUACCAGAAGCCGCUGGUGCCAUUCUAUGGUGAUGAUGGAAAACCUCGUUAUUUGACCACCACCAAUCGCAUGAUUAUACCCGUGGCAACGGGUCGUAACUAUGAAGUUAGUAUGUCACCAUCGAAUAAGUUUGUGGAAAUGCGUUUGGAGCAGAGACAAGGAUAUCCGGUGGUCCAGCAGCAAAGAUAUUCACAGCACUCAGCAGUGGUUGGGGCAAGUACCACUGCCCACCUGGGUGGAACUGCUUUGGCUCCGGCAAAUACACAUAUCGCCCAUGCUAAUCAAAGGUUAGUUACCAAUCCAGUAGGACAAACGCCAUAUCAUCAACAUCCAGCCGUAAAUGGACAGGUGUAUGCUGCUGCCCAUGGCACAGGUCAAGCGCAAUAUCACCAUCACCAUCAUCAAGCAGCAGUUAAUACCCAUCAGCAAGCCCAUUACGCUCCAGUUGCUCAACCUAGUGCAGGUCAUUUGGCCACCCAAGUAAAUCAAGGCGUCUUGCAACAUCAUGGCCAUGCCGCUGUACAGCAACACCAACAACAUCAUUUGGUAGCAAACACUCAAGCCUUGACUCAACAUCGAACUGCUCCCAUAGUCCAACAUCAGCAACAACAGCAGCAAUACCCAAUUGCCACCCAUCAGGCCUUAGUAGCCCAUCCAAUUCAAGCACCCAAUAUACAACAACAACACUCACAACAAUUUCCCACACCAAAUAAUCCUCCCUCAGCUCGAUUUGUGACAAAAUGUCAUCCCAACGGACACUGUGAACAGGUAGCACAGGAUCAACAACAUUCGGCGGUUGUACAACAAGCUCGAUCUCAUAUUGCUCAAACGGGUGGAUCGACAUGCAACGGCCUCUAUGCCCAAGGUACAGCGCAAGGUUCUGCCCCACCCCAUAAAGGUCUUCGUGACAGACGUUUGUUCCCCUACAGUGAGGUGCCAAUUGCUGCCUAUCCCUUCAACAAGUGAAGUGAAAGGGCGGAUCUUAGUUAAAAAAUCUGUGGAAUUGUAUUAAUUAUAGCUUAGCUGUUUUUUUGUUGUUAUUAUUUAUGAUUGUUUUGUUGUAUGGCUUUUAAAAUGAAGAUCAUUAAUAAUUUA